CUCCGGCCAGGCGGGGGCGCUCUCCCGGCCGCCCGCCCGCCUGCCGCCAAGCGUGCUGGGAGCGGUAGUUCUCGCUCCCGGUGCAGCUCCUCGCCCCCGGUGCGCUUCGCCGCCGUCUCUCGCCGCUCGCACCGUGCCCUUGCCCGCUGAAGACACCCCGCCGGGCCUCGCCCUACCCUCGAACCGCCGCUCCCGGCAGGCAGUGCGCCCCUCCAGACAUCCACAGCCCCUGGGACACCCUGUACUGCUGGUGAUCGUGGGGAGCUGUCCAGAAGCCUGCUCCUGACCGUCCUGCUGUGCCUGGUACCACCGCAGCCUGCCCGAGAAUGCCAAGCAGCCGUCGGCAGCAGAGAGACUGAGGCCAGCAGUGGAGACUCCACUAUCAAGUCACCAGCAAAGCUGCUGACACCAGGAGCAAAGAAGCUGAGUGGAGCCCAAAGCAGAUCAGUUCCUGACUGCAGGCAGGAGCCAGCUGGAUGCUGUGGGAAGCCCCCUGGGAGCUGUGGUUUGUGCGACGCUGACUGAGGGACUCACCAUGUGAGCCUGGGGCAGCUCCUUCCAGCAGGCUUGGUGUGCUCCCAGCAGCCCUGUGCAGAGACCUUCUAGCAUGCUCCUCCAGCCAGGCUGCUCAGCUGGUGCCAACAGCGGCCGCUGCAUCCCGGGCACACCAGGCUGACCUCGCUCCAGCUGGGCACUGCACCUGCAGGGCAGAAGCUGUGUUGGUGCUUCUGGAGCAGCUGGGCCAGAGAUCUGCUCUUUGAAAGCACCGACCUCCCUUCUCCAGUCUGAGCUUUACAGCAGCCCAUGCCGCGGCGCCUCCUCGCCUGUGCCACCCGCACCGCCCCCAGUGCCGCUGCCUCGGACCUAACCUAGGCUAAAGCUUCCACGUGGGCUGGCUCGGGUCGGGGCAGCCAUGGGGAGCUCUGCCUCGUCGCUGGCCGCGGAGACGGAGUCGGACCAUGGCUUCGCGGGCGCGCCCUACCCCGGGCACCCGGCCGUGAGCUGGUGUAGGAGUAGCCCCGGUGGCCCCGUGUGGGACAGUGCCCUCCUAACCAGGCAGCACCAGCAGCUGCAGCAGCGGCUGCGAAGCCACUCUCACUCUCCUGGCUCCAUGGCUGCCGUCCGCGAGUGGUCCUGCACCCGCUGCACCUUCCUGAACCCUGUUGGCCAGCGCCAGUGCUCCAUCUGUGAAGCCCCCCGCCAGAAGCCCGACCUCAACCACAUCCUGCGGCUCAGCGUGGAGGAGCAGAAAUGGGCCUGUGCCCGCUGCACCUUCCGCAACUACCUGGGCAAGGAGACCUGCGAGGUGUGCGGCUUCGCCCCGGAGCCAGGCCCCAGCAGCUCCCCCUUGCCGGUCAUCAACGGCAUCUUGCCCAAGCCUGCCGUGCUGGCAGAGCCCAAGGGCACGGCCAAGGAGGAGGCUGCCAAGACAGAGAGCAGCAGUGAGGACUCGGAGGGGAAGAGCCCGGAGGAAGCGGAGCCGGAGAGCGGCUGGGCCUGCCAGCGCUGCACGCUGCACAACACCCCCGUGGCCAACUCCUGCUCCGCCUGCGGGGGCCCGCGCAAGCUGUCCCUGCCCAAGAUCCCCCCCGAGGCGCUGGUCGUCCCCGAAGUCAUCACCCCCGCUGGAUUUCACAUGGCCCCCUCCACCCCGCAGCCGUCAGCCUCUGCGGAAAUCUCCGACGGUGACGCUGCGGCCGCUCAAGGUCCAGUGGCUAUGGAACAAGAGGCCCAGAAGAUGCCACCUUUCAGCCCCUUCUCCCCGGGGCUCCAGAAUAACCCCGUGCCCCGAAGUCGCCGGGAGGUGCCCCCGCAGCUGCAGAUGCCAGGCCCCGAAGCCUGCCAGGCUGCCACCCAGAGCUCGGCGGGGCAGAAGGGCUCUCCACAGGGCCAGGCCAGGGCCGCCCCGGCCGCGCGCUUCCAGGAGCUGCUGUCCAACAAGCGGCUGAGCGUGCUGGAGGAGGAGAUGGAGGUCAGCCCGUCCCACUGGAAGUGCAGCUCCUGCUCCCUGCUCAACUCCUCCGGGGCCAGCAAAUGCGAGGCUUGCGGCGCCCAGAGAGGCAGCGACACCAUCAACCUGACGGGUGACUCGGUGAGGUUCACCCCCUGCAGCCCUUCCAGCCCGGACUUCACCACCUGGUCCUGUUCCAAGUGCACGCUCAAGAACCCCACGCUGGCGCAGAAGUGCAAGGCCUGCGGCUGCUCCAAGCUGCACGGCUUCCAGGAGCACAGCGCACAGGCCGAGCCCACCCCGCGCUGCUGCCCGGACUGCGGCGCCUCCGACCGCGCCGCCUGCCCCUGCGGCGCCAGGGCCCCCUCGGCCCGCAAGGUCGCCAGGCUGUUCCCCUCGCAGCUGCCCGGCGGGCAGGACAGGCCCGGGCAGUGGGCUUGUCCCGCCUGCACGCUGCUGAACGAGCUGAAGGCCAAGCACUGCGCGGCCUGCCACACGCCGCAGCAGUACAUGGCGCAGCGCAAGGGCCUGAAGCCGCUGAAGAGGCGCGAGAGCAUGCACGUGGAGAAGAGGCGGCAGACAGACGAGGGCGAGGCCAAGGCCCUCUGGGAGAACAUCGUCACCUUCUGCCGAGAGAACAAAGUGAAUUUCGUGGAUGACAGCUUCCCCCCCGGGCCCAGGUCGGUGGGCUUCCCCGAGGGGGACAGCGUGCAGCAGAGGGUGAAGCAGUGGCUGCGGCCCCACGAGAUCAACUGCAGCAUCUUCAAGGAGCGGGCGGUCAAGUGGUCUGUGUUCCGCACGCCCAGGCCCUCCGACAUCCUGCAAGGGCUGCUGGGAAACUGCUGGUUCCUGAGUGCCCUGGCCGUGCUGGCCGAGCGACCAGAGCUGGUGGAGAGGGUGAUGAUCACCCGGAGCCUGUGUCCCGAGGGUGCCUACCAGGUGCGGCUGUGCAAGGAUGGCACCUGGACCACGGUGCUGGUGGACGACAUGCUGCCCUGCGACGAGUGCGGCUACCUCCUCUUCUCCCAGGCCCAGAGGAAGCAGCUGUGGGUUGCCCUGAUUGAGAAGGCCCUGGCCAAGCUGCACGGUUCGUACUUUGCCCUGCAGGCCGGGCGUGCUAUCGAAGGCCUGGCUACACUAACGGGUGCCCCCUGCGAGAGCCUGAUGCUGCAGGUCAGCUCCACUAACCCUCGCGAGGAGCCCAUUGACACUGACCUCAUCUGGGCCAAAAUGCUGAGUUCUAAGGAGGCUGGGUUCCUGAUGGGUGCAUCGUGUGGCGGAGGCAACAUGAAGGUGGACGACGUGGCCUACGAGAGCAUGGGGCUGCGCCCCCGGCACGCCUACUCCAUCCUGGACGUGAGGGAUGUCCAGGGCUUCAGGCUGCUGCGGCUGCGGAACCCCUGGGGCCGCUUCUCCUGGAACGGCAGCUGGUCUGACGAGUGGCCGCACUGGCCAGUGCCCCUGCGCCACGACCUGAUGCCCCACGGCAGCAGCGAGGGAGUCUUCUGGAUGGAGUACAGCGACUUCAUCAAGUACUUCGACUCGGUGGAUAUCUGCAAGCUGCACUCGGACUGGCACGAGGUGCGCGUGCAGGGCAUGUUCCCCAACAAGGCCAGCGGGCCGGUGGUGGUCACCUCGCUGACGGUGCUGGAGCGUGCCGCCCUGGAGUUUGCCCUCUUCCAGGAGGGCAGCAGGCGAUCGGACACUGUGGACAGCCACCUGCUGGACCUCUGCAUCAUGGUGUUCCGAGCCACCUUCAGCAGCGGCAACAAGCUGAGCCUGGGCCGGCUGAUGGCGCACAGCAAGAGAGCCGUCAAGAAGUUCGUCAACUGCGACGUCAUGCUGGAGCCGGGCGAGUACGCCGUGGUCUGCUGCGCCUUCAACCACUGGGGUGCCGCCCUGGCCGGCCCUACCACCGCCCAGGCUUCCAGCCCCACCAGCAGCCGACCAGCCAGCGACUCCUCCAGCUACAUCCUGGCCAUCUACAGCUCCCGGCUGGUGAUGGUGGAGCAGGUGGAGGCCCAGCCCACCACGCUGGCAGAUGCCAUCAUCCUGCUGACUGAAAACAAGGGCGAGCGCCAUGAGGGCCGUGAGGGGAUGACCUGCUACUACCUGACGCACGGCUGGGCGGGGCUGAUCGUGGUGGUGGAGAAUCGGCACCCGAAGUCCUACCUGCAUGUCCAGUGCGACUGCACCGACAGCUUCAACGUCGUCUCCACGCGCGGCAGCCUCAAGACGCAGGACAGCGUCCCCCCCCUGCACAGGCAGGUGUUGGUGAUCCUCUCCCAGCUGGAGGGCAACGCUGGCUUCUCCAUCACGCACCGCCUGGCACACCGCAAAGCCACCCAGGCCUUCCUCAAUGACUGGAUGUCAACCAAGGGCACCCACAACCCGCUGCUGACGCCCGAGGUGGCAGGGCUGCACGGCCCCCGGCCCCUAUGACGAAGCGCCUGCCCCUGCCCCCUCUGCUGCCCCCCGACUGUCACCGAGCCUCUGGCCUGGGGUCACCUCCCUGAGCUGUGGGCGCUGAGCCGCAGGGUAGAGCCCAAGCAGUGUGCCUGGUGCCAUGCUCUGAGCUGUCGGGGCCAGCGCCAGCUCUGCCCGCUGCCCGCUGCCCUGGCACCACCAGCCUCCCCCCACGCACUUUACGAGGAGCGGCCAUGGGCAUGGGGCCAUCUCAGGAUCCCACCUGCCCCGUACCCACGCUGGGGCCUGGUGCCCUCAGCCUGCCCGGGGAUCUGCGGGAGAGGGCAGGGCUGCAGGUUUGUGUCAAGGCCCUCCCUAGGCGCUGUGCUCAGGACUCUGCCCCCUCCCGCGGUGCCAGGGCCCUGGCACUGCAAAACAAAUGAAUAUACCUCUGACAUCUGUCCGUCUGUGUGCCCCCACUCUGUCCCUGGGCCCUCCCCACUGUCUGCUUCCCACCUAUCAUCCGCCACCAGCACCAAGGUGGCAUGGAGGUACCACAGUAGCCAGGCCAGGCGGUGUCAGGGUCACCCUGCCGUGCCUGCUCAUGGUGGGGACAGUGUGGGGCCACUCCCUUCAUCCACCUCCCCUGUCCUGAGUGCCAGGGCUGGGGAGGAGAAGGUGCUGCUUGCUUUAGGAAGCUGCUGCCAAGGGGGUUUUGCCACCCCUGGGGGUGAAAUGCUUAAGGUCCUCCUCCAGCACCACUGCAGGAUGGGCAGCUGGGCCGUGGGGUGAUGCUGGGGGUGGGGGCUGGCAGGGCAGGGACCCCCCAGACUUGGCACACAAACGUUACUAUGCAAAGGCGGCCGCUGAAAGCAGUGCCUGGAGAGAAGCCAUGGCCCGAGCAGGGCUCAGCACCCCGGGCAGUGCCCCGCGGGGCAGCAGGUACCAAGGUACCACCCAGGGCUUAGCGGGGCAGCUCCUGUGGCUGUACCACGCUGCCCCAUGCCAGGGCUGGGGGUGAUUUGGUGGGGGGGGGCAACAGUGAGCCCCAUCCUUCAGAGGCUGAAUCCUGUGGAAAGUGCUGAACACAAGGCCAAGGCUUACCAGGGCCUGGAUGUGCCCCAUGGAGGGCUGCCCUAAAUGAUUUUAGGGCACCAUGGGUCUUGGGCUUGGCAUGUGUGUGUGUGUGUGUGUUUUAGGGGUGUCCCCCCCAGUGCUGCCUACCCCUCACCAAGCUCUGUGGACCUGCAUCUGUGUUGGGGGAGGGGACCAGUGGGAGAUGCUGACCCCUGUUUUGGUAGGGACCGUGCUGGGGUGGGGCAGCCUGUGCCCCAAAUCCUGCUCCAGCAGCAGCUGAGCUGGCCAGGGUCCUGUGGGGUUUACCGUCUGUGUGCCCUGGGUGUGGGCAGGGGGCCUAGGGCUUUGCCUUGUGUGUUACCCUCUGUGUCCCUUAGGGGUGGGCAGAGGCUGUGAGAUUUGCCCUCUGUGUGUGUCCCCUUCCACGAAGCCAGGCUGGGGGUUGAGGUUUGCUGUCUGUGUCCCCUGGGGAUGGGCAGGAGCCCUUGGGGUUUGCCCUGUGUAUCCCUCUGUGUCCUUCGGGGGUGGCAGGGGUGGGUGGGCUGCCCUGACACCUUGCUGGCCCCGAGCCGGGGCUGCUGAGCCAAGCUCUGUCCGUAUUUCUGUCCGUUGCUCUGUUGGGUUUUAUUUUCCUCUCCUCCCGGCUCCUUCCUCCUCGGGAUGGUUUUGUCCUUCACUUUCUUUCCUCCCACCCUGCUCUGUGUCCUUGGGCGCUGUGGAUGUUUUUAACUCUGUACAUAGCUGCCAGCUCUUCCCAACAGGAUCUUUUGUCACUUGUGAAGCAGCAGAGCAGUAACUCCUUGUACCAUACGGAUCCUCCAUGGGUGGUUUUCCAACUCAGGUUCUGACGGACCAAAUAAAAGUUUUGUUUUGUA